UGUCUUUCCUUAUGAAUCAAAGCUCAAAGCGCCAAGCCUGUUGAUUUUACAGAUUAUUUGCGCAUCAUUUUCAUGUUUCUUCGAUCUUCGGCAUUGUCUAGACUAGAGAUUUCUUCAGCUUUGGGCGCUUUUUCCUAAGUUAACCUUAUUAAUAUCAGACAUGCCACACUUUUAUAAGUUAAACGUAACCAAUACAAGCAUAGCCAGCUUGACAACACAACCGGAGAAUGUCCUGAAAACUCCGAUAUUGAGCGCGCCGCCUGUUGCAUCCUGCGAUAGCGAUCAACUGGAUGAGCAGGUGAAGCGGCAUCCCGGCGAGGCAACGGCGGAUUAUUACCAGCGCAUGAAGCGGAUGCUGGAAAAGGCCGUCCAUCCCGAUCCCGCGACACCAUUACUCCAGCGUGCCUCGACGGCUCAGAAAAUUCGCAAUCAAAUCAGCAAUCUCCUCGGGCAGAUGCGCGAUGGCUGCCAGAAUCCGUCCAAGAAGGAGGUGGAGGAAUUCUGCGUCUAUGCGAACCAGAAAGUCUUGGCCAUUUUCAAGGAAGACCAGAAACCUGGUCCACGACCACCACGGUAUAAUCCAGACGGUGUGCCGCAAAGCGUCCGGAAACCUGUCAUUCAGAACGCUGUAGCGAUUGGCUCCGGUUAUGAUCGGCAUCAGGCUCCUUUCGUUAAUCAUGAAAACAACUGGUUGAAGGAGCUGAAAUCUUCGAUCAUAGUGGAUGUAUAUAAUGUAAUGAAGGCUGACCGCGAGUAUUUCGCCACCUCACUGAAAGAGUUGACCUACCGCGUGGAUGAAUUGACAUACAAAUUGAAGCACGUUGACGACACCGUCCAGACAACAUAUACGGAUUGGCUGAAAGAUUCCCAGUACAUUCGGGAACGUAUUGCGUGGGAAGUGGAAAGGGUCGGUUGGGACACGGAUCGGCUGCAGCGCCAGAUCGAUCGCAAUCACGACUUCGUGAUGGGAAAGGAAAUGCGCGGCGGUAUUAACCAUUUUCACAUGUAUCCACUGCCGAAGAAGGCGUACUAUGACGAGCCGGAGGAGAUGCAGCCGGACACGAAUGAUUCGGGUAUUCAGUUGGACGAGGACAGUGACAGUUGUCGCGGCAGUGGCACCAGCGAAUGCUCAGAAGUUGAAGAAGUGUGUGGAAGUGACCAUAUUCCCUUAACGAAAUCGGAUGUCGAGUUAUGUAAUGCAGUCUGUGAUAGUAAUGGUGCUGAUGAAUAUCUACCGGAAUCGCUGGAAUCGUCGGUUUCUUUGGAUGACAGUUUUCAAGAGAUUGUGGAUGAAGAAAAAGUUGGGAUUGUGGAUUUGCCAGAUUGUGCCGUUAAUGAUGAGGAAAUUGGAGAUGAUGAUGUUUUCUGGCCGGCAGAAGAACUGGUGGCGGCAUUCGGUGAGCAAGAAGCAUCUAGCGGCAUUCGUAUGGACAACGAUACCGGUGAUGACGCCUUGGCGGAUGAAAGCGCGGAUAGUGCGCAGAGUGUGGCAGAACACACGGUGCGGAUGCGAAAGGGGAUUCGAGGUUUUUUUCCGUGGAUGGUUGUUUUGGUUUUAAUCUUGUUGUUGUUGGUUAAAGUGGUGCGAUUUGGAGAUGCUGUAGCGGCUUCUAUAGCUGACUUUGUGAAUGGCGAUGGUGAAAAUUCUUUCUGGUCUACGUAUCUGCAUUGCGUGAAAACAACGGAAGCCCGGGAUUGUUUUGCAUUUUAAAUUUUACGUUUUUAAAGUUUACACGAUCUGACCUGAGGAUCGAUCUCUUUCUCGGUAUUUUUGAACUUCUCUUACCUUUAUUCCGUUGUAAUAUUGCAAAAUGUAAACCUCUGUACAUUUUUGUUGUAUAUUUUGUAUACUGUUGUACAUUUGUUAGCCGUUUGCGGUGAGAUUAGACAUGUGCAGGCCGUUUUGG